GAAAGGGAAGACUGCCUGUUUUGCAGGCAUUGCACCUUGUUUGCGUCUUAAGGCAGUUUCUCUUCCUUGGCCAGGUGUGGUGGUGGUAAGCAUGCAGGCAAGUGGAAUGGAGCUGUGGCUGUGUGUUUUGUUCGUAGCUACCAGUGCUGCACUGCUGAUGGUGAGCUGGAGUAGAGGUCACUUGUUAUGGUCAGUGGGGCUUGUGGUGGUGGAGGUGACACUAUGCUAUUGGGUAUCAAAUGGAAGUGUGGCAGUGAUACUACUGAGUGCCAGCUGUGCUUGCUGUGUGAUCCACUUCACUGCAGGAAGAAAAGAGGACAUGUUGCCUGUGAAAGGCAAAGCAGUGCUCAUUACAGGUUGUGACUCUGGUUUUGGCCACAAUCUCGCUAAAACCCUGGACAGAGCUGGGAUGAAAGUGUAUGCUGGAGUGCUGGAGGAGUCCGGACCUGGUGCACGGGAGCUCAGGGAAGUUUCAUCUGCACAGCUUACCGUCCUACAGAUGGAUAUCACAAACAUCAACCAAAUCUCUGAAGUUCAUAAGCUUAUCAAGAGUCAAAUAGGAGAGGCAGGCCUUUGGGGACUGGUGAACAAUGCAGGAGUGCUUGGAAGUAUGUGUAAUGGAGAACUUCUUCCCAUGGGAAUAUUAAGAAAAAUCCUGAAUGUGAAUUUUGUUGCUGGUGUGGAGGUGACCAAAGUUUUCCUGCCUUUGAUAAGACAAGCACAAGGAAGGAUUGUGUGUGUGUCCAGUAUGUCAGGAGAAGUUCCGAUGCCUGGUUUUGCUGCAUAUGGAGCAUCUAAGGCAGCCGUGACUUCUUUCUUUGGAGUGCUGAGACAGGAGCUGUCCUGCUGGGGUAUAAAAGUGGCCAUUAUUCAGCCAUCGGGCUUCAAGACGAACAUUUUAGGCAAUCAAGAGGAAUGGAAUAAAAUCCAAAAGGAGAUCUUCAGCACCCAGCCCCAAGAAGUAAUAGAUGCAUACGGAAAAGAGUACAUCUGCUCUUUGCUGCACCGUUUAAAUAACAUGGAGGCUCAAGGCUGUGCUGAUUUCGGACCAGUUCUAGACGAUCUACAACAUGCGUUACUCUCAGAAAAGCCAAGGCCCUUUUACUUCCCGGGACGCGGUGCCUGGGUCAUUCCAUUCUUCCAAAGGAUCGCUCCAGUUUGGCUGUCUGAUGCCAUUUUUGCACAGAUAUUUAGGUACAGGAAGUUCAGCCAAGUAGGUGCAACUUCCAAUAAAUGAAUGCUUUAGACUGAGAAUAUGCGCCAUGAUGUAACUUUAGUGCAUAUGUGCUAUUGAUGCCAAUACACCACUGUAGGUCUAUGUACUUAAAGCUUUAAAAAAACAAAACAAAAAAAAAGACCACUAAACAAACCUCUCUCUCUCUCUCUCUCUCUCUCUCUCUAAUUGGGCAAGUGACUGGUGUGCAGUUUCAUUAUUAUUAUUAUUUAUUAUUAUUAUUUAACCAGGCUUGUCCCAUUGAGAUCGAAUAUCUCUUUUACAAGAGAGACCUGGCCAAGAAUGGCAGCACAAAAAAAACAACAGUUUCAGCACAUUGUCACAUUAAACAUAGACAUAAAUACAAAUAAACAAUUGAAUUUACAAAAUCAGGUCAAGAUCAAAUAAGACAUUUCCAUUCAAAUAAAACAUUUGCACUCAUGAAACAAUACACUGACUUCUGAGUUCUUAUCUCUGGUCAGGCCUUUGGGGACUGGUGAACAAUGCAGGAGUGCUUGGAAGUAUGUGUAAUGGAGAACUUCUUCCCAUGGGAAUAUUAAGAAAAAUCCUGAAUGUGAAUUUUAUUGCUGGUGUGGAGGUGACCAAAGUUUUCCUGCCUUUGAUAAGACAAGCACAAGGAAGGAUUGUGUGUGUCCAGUAUGUCAGGUAUAUUGCAUUUUCUACUCUGCAGAGCACUAUAAUGUAGUUACACCAUAUUAUGUUUAUAGCAUCAUAUCCAAUAAAGGUCUAUAAAGGCUUUUUAUGUGCUUUUAUCUUAAUCUUAAAGUCCUAUCUAAAGGUAACAUGCUCUAAAGUUUGGUUACCAACAUGAUUUUUUGUGUCAGGACUUUCUCUCAUGUUAGCACAAGUUUUUACAUUAUAAAGGAACAUUUUAAAAUAAGGUGGCACGGUGGAGUAGUGGUUAGCACUAUUGCCUCACAGUAAGAAGGUUCUGGGUUCGAGCCCAGUGGCUGACGGGGCCUUUCUGUGCGGAGUUUGCAUGUUCUCCCUGUGUCUGCGUGGGUUUCCUCCGGGUGCUCUGGUUUCCCCCACAGUCCAAAGACAUGCAGGUUAGGUUAAUUGGUGGCUCUAAAUUGACCGUAGGUGUGAAUGGUUGUUUGUGUCAGCCUUGUGAUGGUCUGGUGACUUGUCCAGGGUGUACCCCACCUCUUGCCCAUAGUCAGCUGGGAUAGGCUCCAGCUUGCCCACAACCCUACACAGGAUAAGCAGUUACAGAUCAUGGAUGGAUGGAUGGGAUAGGGCAUGUUUACCGCUGUGCUGCAUCACCUCUUCUUUUAACAACAGUCUGUGAAUGUUUGAGGACUGAGGAGACUAAUUACUGUAGUUUUGAAAGUGCAAUGUCCCAUUCUAGGAUUUCAGCUGCUCAACAGUUCAGUGUCUCUUUUUUCAUAUUUUUCAUGUCAUAAUGUGCCAAAUAUUAAAAUAAGAAGACCUUUAUUAUCGCACAAUGGGGAAAUUUCCUGUUUGCAGCAGCACAGAAGGAGACAGGUCUGGACUACAAACAGGCCAGUUUAGCACCCGGACUCUUUUACUAUAGAACAAUGCAGUUGUAAUAUGUGCAGAAUGUACCUUGGCAUUAUGUUGCUGUAAUAAGCAAGGCCUUCCUUGAAAAAGAUGUCGUCUGGAUGACAGCACGUUGCUCCAAGACCUGUAUACAUCAUUCAGGCUGUGCAAAUAUGCAAGCUACACAUGCCAUGUGCACUAACGUACCCCAUACCAUCACAGAUGCUGGCUUUUGAACUGUGUAUCCGAUGAUAAGUCGGAUGGUCCCUCUCCUCUUUAGCCCGGAGGAUAGUGUCCGUGAUAUUUAAAAAAAAAAAAAUCAAAUCAGAUUCUUUCACAGAGUGGUGAACCCCUCCCCAUCUUUACUUCUGAGAGACUCAGCCUUUCUUGGAUGUUCUUUUUAUGUCCAAUCAUGUUACUGACCUGUUGCCAAUUCACGGAAUUAGUUUUAAUUAUUAUUUUUUAGCAUUACACAACUUUUUCCAGUCUUUUGUUGCCCUGUCCCAACUUUUUUGAAACA